UCCUAUCAGAGCGCAGUAUUUUAUAUGACAAGCCUGAAGAGACAGUUGAUUUUUCUAACUACAGUCUGUGCAGUCAUGAAGAUGAUCGGUAAUAUGUGAUGCAAAGUGAAGUCGAGACGCCUUCUAUAUAAAGCUUCCAUUGCAGGACCUAUAAGUGAGCAGUUGGAUACCAGCAGAAGGUGUGGGGUUAAUCAGGUGCCUGGGAGAUCACAAAAGAAGAGGAGCUGGAUGUAUGAGAAGGCUUCAUGGGCCUAAAUGACCAUCUGGAGGAUGGAACUGGCCACAUGCUCAGUCUGGGGCUGUAUCUGGACUAUCUCCAUGUGGAUGGUGCUGAGAGGCAGGCAGCCCCACAUAUUCUGAAAGCUUCUGAAGUCUUGCAGGUCAGAGGUGCUGUCCAAAGCAGGAGCAGUUACAGUAUUGGUGGGAGCACAAAUAGUCUAAGUACAAAUUUGAGUUAUCGCAGCAGCAGCAGCAGCUGCAGUAUUUUUUCUGAGGAGAGUGCUCUUUCCGACAAUGAUGAAGAACAACAUCAGACUGGCUUUGAUUCUGGACUUGAAAUCUCCCACCAAGGUCAGCUUCGCUUACCCCGAAACUCUUUCUUACAGUGUAAACAGGUCAGGCUGGACCUGGCACCAAACCUGUCCACAGGAGAACCACCACAGUCAGAAGCAUUAGCUCCUGCUGACCCCAUUUCAGACUGUCGCACCAAGGUUGAGUUUGCUCUCAAGCUAGGCUACUCUGAGGAGCUGGUUCUGCUGGUCCUGAGGAAACUGGGCCCAGAUGCACUUAUUAAUGACAUCCUGGGAGAGCUGGUCAAACUGGGAACCAAGACAGAUAUGGAACAGCUGAAAGGUCCAACUGUGUCCCAGUCUCCCUCCUCCUCUUUGUCAUCCUUGACCGCUAACUCUUCCCUGGAGUCCUGUCAGCUACAGUCCCCAUCACCCCUGCUGGAAGAUAAGGACAACUUUCGGCCUGUUGUCAUAGAUGGCAGCAACGUAGCAAUGAGUCAUGGAAAUAAGGAAGUGUUCUCCUGCCAAGGGAUUCAGCUGGCUGUUGAUUGGUUCUUGGAGCGAGGUCACCGUGAUAUCACAGUUUUUGUGCCAGCCUGGAGAAAGGAGCAGUCACGACCUGAUGCUCUUAUCACUGAUCAAGAUAUCCUGAGGCGACUAGAAAAAGGAAAGAUACUAGUUUUCACUCCAUCCCGACGUGUGCAGGGACGACGCGUGGUUUGUUAUGAUGAUAGAUUCAUCGUCAAACUGGCCUAUGAAUCAAAUGGCAUAAUUGUUUCCAAUGACAACUACCGAGACCUAGCCAAUGAGAAGCCAGAGUGGAAGAAGUUUAUUGACGAGCGCCUGCUGAUGUACUCCUUUGUAAAUGACAAAUUCAUGCCUCCAGAUGAUCCGCUUGGACGCCAUGGACCAAGCCUGGAAAAUUUUCUGAGGAAAAGGCCUGUUGCUCCUGAACCUAGGAAGCAGCCAUGUCCUUAUGGAAAGAAAUGCACAUAUGGCCACAAGUGUAAAUUCUACCACCCAGAGAGAAGUAGGCAGCCCCAGCGCUCAGUGGCUGAUGAGCUCCGUGCCAGUGCCAGAAUUUCAAUAGCUUCCAAAGGCCUGUUGGAACAUGCCCUGAUGGUCAAGAGCAAAAGUAGCUGUCAGCCAGAAGAGAUGCCUGAAGCAGAACCAGGACAUGGCAGUAAACUACCAAACCAGAGUCCUCGGAGUGUGCCCUCUGAUCUCACAGAGGACACAUUUCAGAUGUAUUCCAAUCUAGAAGGGUAUAAGGGAAGCAGUAUCAUUGGGGGUCAUACUUCGUCAGGGGGGUCCCAUUCAUCAGGACAUCUGGACAAGUGGGCACAACUUGAGGAAAGUAAUGGAGCUUACAGUUCAAAUUUAGUCGAAAAUAACAACAGAUACAAUUCACCAGAGGUGGGCUGCAGGUCUCUGGUAAAGGCCUUUUCAGGUCUCUGUCUUGUGGAGCCACAGACCCCAGAAAGCUGCUUAUCAGCCAGUCUGCAAGCAUGUUCCCUCCCAUCUGACUAUAGCAGUGAUGGCAGUAUUAGCUCAGAUUCUUUUUCCAAUGACUCUAUGUCAGACAAUAGCCCCAAGUGCCAAUAUCACCCUCCUCACUACCAUCAUCACUACAGUGACCCAUAUGGCCACGCUGCAAGCCGGGUUUCUUCUGGGAUGGGCCAGCAAUACCCUUAUGGUUAUUCUGUUACUCAAAGAUCGCAGAGAGAACAAGGAUCUGUCAUCUCUCACACAUCUCCAUGCCUCCGCAAGACCACUUCAGCAAACAUCCUACCACAGCAACGUCCACUGCUAAGCAACUAUCCAGGGGAACAGCCACCUUGUCUACCUCAAACAUCCACUGCUCAUCCUCAUUCUCAGAGCUCACCCUUCUGUCCCAGUGUGUUGACCUCUUGGGAAGGUGAACUCCAGGAUUCUACAAGACACAAAGGAUCACCACUUCAUUCCAGAAGGAACUACUCUGGAGUAACCCAAGAUCCUCAGCAUAAGACACACUGGGAUUCUGACCAGGAGCCAUCUAUCAAGACUUGCCAUGAUCUAUUUUCCUACAAGAGUUUUCCCCCACUUCACGGCAAGGGUUGGCAUUCUCCUUGGGGCCAGCAACUCCCAUCAUCCCCCAAUGGUCUCUCAGCUUUAAGUGUCUCACCACCCCCACAGCAGUUCCUAAGAUCCCUCAACACUCACAAGCGCCACUACUCGGGGCAUCUUUCCUCGGGUCAGUACCAGGACCUCAAGGAGAGGGUUUUUGUCAACUUAUGUGCCAUCUUCCCACCAGAUUUGGUGAAAAAGGUAAUGACCAAAAACCCUCAUGUGAUGGAUGCCCAGGAGCUUGCAGCCUCAAUUUUGAUGGAGAAAUUGCAGCAUGGUUCUUAAAAGCAGACAAUAGUGGAAGUACUUACAAUUACUGCCCUUGUCAGGUUAAUCCCUUGCAAUCAUCUCAGUAAUGAAAGCCUAUUUAAGUUUUUCAAUUUUAUGGUAUGUUUGCAAACAGAAGUUCUAAAAUUACUAUGUCCUUGUCUAAAUAUGUCUUUUACUUCAGCACUUAAGAUGAGGAAAGUUUAGGGUUCAACUAUUUUCCUUUUUGAUUCAUAAUGGACAGCCUAGGGGGACCUUUAAAGAGUGACACAGUUUGUCAUAUUUAUGUGUUACAUUUUAAGUUAUUUAAAUUGUUUUAAAAUUAAGUUUUUGGCACUUUCUGUUAUUGUGUGAGUUUUUGUCUCAGCUUUUCUUUAUAGGGGCAAUCAUAUGAGGGUGUACAUUAAACUGUCUGAGAUGUCGACUUAGCGGGCGUAAAAUAAUAUAUAUUUAUUUGUAUUCUUUUUCUUUUUUUACAUUGGAAAUGCAAUUAUGUUCUGAUUGCAUUUCGGCUUUAGUUGGCUCAACUUGUUGAUGUAGCGUUUCAAUCCGCUCCAACAGGUGCCACAUCAGUUGUUGUGAGAUGUGACGGAUUUCCCCCGCAGGGAAGUGAAACUCUAACAGUAACCACAAAAGAAGAUAGCAAAAACUCCACUUGAAAACCCCAAGCUGUUUUUUUACCACUGAGAAAGAGUUGUUUCCUCUGCUGGGACACCCCUGUCACCUCACUUGCUAGUUCAUCAUUAUUUAGCACAGAUUUGUUUUUUCUAAAAACCACACAAUUCUCCCUCUUUUUGAUGUUAUAAGUAUAUAAAUAUGCUAAAUCAUAUCAAACUAAUAGGUAAAAAUGUUAACACAAUGGGUUUUUUUUUAUUAUUUAAAAUGUGUUAAUUUAUUACCUUUUUUAUGUCUGUGGUGCAUAAAACAUCCCCCACUAGAGUUUAAUCUUACCCAGAUGUGGAAUAAUUUCAAACCACCUGAUCAUUUUCAGUAUCUGUUGAGUGUACCUUGUGCAAAGUAAAACUCACAGAUAAUCUGACCAGACAAACAGUAGCUAGAAAAUAGAAACAAACAGUUGUGGUAAAAAGAAAGUACAUCUUUCCAUCCUAUGGUUUUACAUAUCAUGAGAUGACAAUAAUCAGGUUUAGUAUUUAAAUCUGACCUCACAACAGAUUCAAAGCUUACAUUAUUUUUCUCAGUGGUGAAGCCAAAAUAGAAAAGCUCAGCUCGAAAACUCCAUAUUCGCCAGCUUUCAGAACCAUCUUUAGCUACUAAAUAUUGAUGCAGUCAUUUUCUGUAAGACUGUACCAGUCAUAUUAACUAUUGUGGAGGAAUUUCACUCUUCUUUACUACAUUGAAGUUUGCAGGUAUCCUUCUUGACUGCUGCUCUCUUUAAGGGUCCUAUCACAGGAUUUCAGUGAAGCUGAAUUCUGGACUUUGAAUGGGCCAUUGCUGCACCUUGACUCUUCUUUUUCUGCUAUUCUGUUGUGGAUUUGCUGCUCUUUUUAGAUAAUUGUAUCAUUUUCCCGAGCACACUUGAAACUUUUGUGCAAAGAAAAAUUAUGGUGGCAUCUUUUCUCAGUUUAAACCCUAGAAUUGAAAGAGGGAAUACUUUCUCUUGUCCUAGACUGUUCACAUUAGAAUUUGUGAAGUUGAAAAAAAAAGUGUGAGAAAUUUGACCAAAAUAGCUAUUUUUAUUAAAUUGUUGUGCACCAUUCUUAAGGCAUUAAAUAUAAUAUUCUAGUUUUUUUAAAUGUUUCACAGCCGUAUUUAUUAUAUUGUGCUUACAUUUUUAGUUAAUUCUAUCAGCCUUCUUUGGUGGGGUCUUUAGCUCUACUGUUAAGCCCACAAUUAUUCAUACACCUGGCAGAUUCAGAUGGAAAGAAGAUUGUUUUUGAUACAAAAUAAUAGAGCCAUCAAAAUAUAAAACAAUAUAAAAAAAACUGUCUCAAUUUUAAACGUUUUGUUUUUCUUUGCCAUAACCCUAUCACUGUUAUUCAGAACAAACUUAUAUAUAAAUCUGCCUGGGGUUUGAACAAUUUUGCACUUAAUUUUAGAUGUGAUUUGUUGAUGUGAAACUAUCAUACAAGCACCCAGUACUCUGGGAAAUAUUGUGCAAAUAUUUCAAAUGCAACAUCCCCCACACUUUAGCUUUAAUUCAUUACAGCUGCUUCAAAUGUAUCAUAAGUUUGAUGUCUUUUUAAAACUAUUUUUCAGCUUUGCUAAAAAUGCUAUAAUGUAACCUACCUAAAACUUGAAUUGUUAGAAUAAAUACUCUUAAGGUUUUUCAUCCAGAAGUUGGGUUAUUUUAAUGCUGAGGAACUUUCUAGGAAGACUCAUGCCUGGUUGGCAUAAUUUAUAGUAGCUAGAUGAAACAUUUCUUUGUUGAUACAAAUUGUAUCCUUAAACCUUUUAAACAAUGUCAUUGUUUUAUAUGAAAGUCUUUGAACAAAAGGGUUUUGAGCUGGAUAUUUUAGAUUUUGUGGUUUAUUUUUGCCACCUUUGGUACCGAGGCUUUUAGUGGAGAGGGAUUUUUAUUCCUUUCUAUUUGCCAGAUCAUGAUAGUGCAAGAAUUUGAAACUGUCAAGUGUAAUUUUGGGAGCAAUUCUUGUUUGUGAAUCUAAAUUUUAAUACAAUUCAGUUCGAAAUAAAGAAUGAAUCUUUACCGUUGGUUGGGAAAAGUCUGAGUGGGUGUGGGUGUCAGAAUGUGUCAGCUGUGGUAUUCUCGUUACUCAUUGGACAGUUAAAAGUUAAAAACAGGUCUAAAAACAAACAACUUGUACUAGAUUAAGUCAAUGUUUAUGAAAAGGUUAUCAGAUUAGUGCAAUGGGAUUUAAACAUUGCCUUUCCUAAAAUUUAUAACCACAUUUGUACUCCUGCCUAGUUGGGAAAGCAUCUGCAGGAUGUUUAAUAGAAAAUCGAUUCCCCUCCAAAGUCUGACCCCUUCUCACUUGGUACUUCAUACAGACUGGAACAAAGAGGUUUGCAUCCUGCUCAUGUGGCACUUUGUGCCACUUCUGGGGAUGUGCUAUUAACAGUUUUUGGAUAUAAAAAACAAUUCAUGUAUGAGGGCAAAGCUAUUUUUGUAUUAUCAUAAGGCUUUUUGGAAACCUAUUUUUAUAACUCCAUUUUAGCUGAAGAAUAGAUUUAGUAUGUGUGACUGAUGCUGAAUAUAAAGUCAAACAAUUGCUUUCUUUGCUAACAUAAUGCUGUGAACAGAUUUAACCAAAAACGUGACUUAAAGUGAUUUCAGAUUAAACUAGAUGCAAAUUAAAAGCCCAAAUGUAUACCGUUUGGGAGGUAUUAUUCUUUUAUUCCCAAAAUCAAUAUAGGACUCAAGGCAACUUUCAGCCCUCAUCAUUUUAUAACAUUUAGCCUGAGGUGUUCUCACAGUUCCAUUCAUGCAAUAGUGCUUGGCCAAAUAGAUUUAGUGUGGGUUUUCUGAGAACACACAUCUCCAUCUACAGUUAGCUUUAAGUUCACUCUGAACAAACGUUUAUAUAUCAAUGUGUGGCUUUGUCUUGUCAAAGGCUGUAAUUUGUCACGUAAUUCUUUUUUAGACAUUGUGUCAGUUACAAAAGGUGUUGAAUAAUAUUAACUGGUGUUAAUUUUGUCAAAACAUAAUUUCUAAUUUGCUGAAUCAAAACUUAAUUUCUGCAACAGCAAUAAGUGAGGGCUGUCAUUUUUGGGGCCCAAGCCAAAUAAAUAAGUAGGUUACAGCUUUCCAGCAUUUCUUUGUGCUCAGGCUAAAGGUGGUUACAUUAAACCAAAAUACAUUUAAAAUUGGAGGCUCAGGUGUUUAUAAUUGUUUUAUAUCAACUAUCCCAUUCAAUAUGAAGAGAUUUAAAGCAAAAGAUGUUCCAGUGCUGGGUUCUAAAGAUCACAAAAGUGUUAACUGUGCUAAUGGAUAUUUAAUGAUUAAAAUCAGUAAAGUUAAAUAUUAUAAAUUUCAGUUUAAACAAGGUUAAAAAAUAUAAAUACAAGAUACAUUUAAUCUGAAACUGUAAAGCUUGUGGCCCAAAAGGAUGCCUGGUCUAAAAAGAAAAAAAUUGUAAAGCAUGUUCCCCUAACUGAGGUUUAUCACUGAUACUUGGUUCAUCUUAUUUGCAUAACAGCUGGAUUUUUCUUUUGUUUUUGAAAAACAAAAAGACAUCUUGGAAACAUUAAAGCUUGAGGUAUUAAACUGUAAGUCAAUAAGAGAAACCUGAUUCUAAUAUGGAUUCUGGAAAAUUGUCUAAAGCAUGCUAACUGGUUCUGUACAUGAUUUAACCAUGACUAAUAAAACCCUACUCAAACUUCAA